UUCUGCUUUCUCUCUGUCGCACAUGCUAUCGCUUGCUCUCUCUCUCUUGUUUCCGCUCUCUCUCUCUCUCUCUCUGCUUGCUUCUCUCACACUCUGUGUGCCUGUGUUUCUGCCAAGGUCUGAGUCUUUCAGUGUGGGAAUGUAGCAAGCUCAGAGACAGGACUGCCUUUGAAUUCUGGUGCAAUGACGGAUGCAGGGCAGAGGCUCGGAUGUACACUGACAGAACGGGAGAACUAAGGGCAGGGAUUGGGAAAAGGAUCUGAUGGAUUUAACCCUCGCAGCCGUCUCUGCCUGAUCAGAGUACAUCAGUCUCCCCCGCUCUGCUGUUCUCUCCUGUGGGGUGGAUUACCAGCUGCCUGUGUCCACUGAUGCACCGCUGUAGAGACUAGAGGGAAGAUCCAAGCUGCGUAGCCAGAGACGAAGUGCCGUGUCGGGGGAGAGAGAGAGAGAGAGAGACGCAGAGCUGUCCCUUGAGUGGAGCUGUGCUUCUGCCGCUACCUGAGCUUCUCCACACACACACACACACAUAUAUAUACACACGCACACAUAUACAGAGGCAGGGCUGCGCCAGCCACGACGACCGAUGCGUUAAUGCAGCUGUGAGAGAAGAUCUGCAGCAGGGAGCUGCCCUCGCUCAAACACUCACGGAUUUAUAAGGAAAAUUUGACUCCGGGCAGAACACCGACGGAUCCACAAAACUUAAUUUUUGUUCUAUUUUUCAUCUCUAUAUAUGGAGCGUCUUGGGAAUUACCUUUGGUUCAACGGAAGCUGAACUAAAGAGAGGCUCGUUCCCAAAACCCGUUCUUCUCCCAAACCCAGUCCUCUUUGAUUCCUUAUCGAGUGUGUGUGUAUGUUCGUGUAUGUGUGCGUGUGUACGUGACUAUUGGUGUCUUUGAGCUUUAGGCUUUGUUUAUUGUAUUUGUAUAGAAUUACUAUUUAUGUGUUCAUAUAUAUAUAUAUAUAUAUAUAGGCUGAUGUCUGCUGUGCUAUUCAUAUGAGUAGUCGGUAUUGCAUGUAUCUGUAGCUGUGGAAGAGUGUUAAAUGAAUAUUAAUGAGAUGCCCAGUUUUGGCUCCCUCCCCAGCCCCCUCCGCUGCUUGCACUACUUCCUGGCUGGGCCCUGAACCCCAGAAGCAUGAGUGAGAGAACGGCACUAGGGGCCACCAUGGAGACCAUGACCCUGGAGGAGCCCGGGGGUGAACAAGCCUCUCCCCGGGCCCCAGGGCCCCUCCGCUGUGGCCCCUGUGCGGUGUGGCCCCGCCAGCAGACCUGGCUUUGCGUUGUGCCCCUACUGAUGGGCUUUGUGGGCCUAGGCCUCAGCCUGAUGCUUCUAAAAUGGAUUGUGGUGGGCUCAGUGCAGGAUUACGUCCCGACUGACCUGGUGGACGCCAAUCGCAUCGGACAGGACCCCAUUUUCCUAUCUAAACCCAGUGCCCUGCCCAAGGGUUCCGAUGGCUCCACGUCUACCACUUCCGGCCCGCCCUCAGCGGCUCCGGGUUCAGCGACCCGAGCAGCUGAGGGUACAGGUACAGUGCAAAGGACUCGAAUUGGGCAGUCCUCAAACCACACGGCCAGUAGCAGUAGCAGCAGUGGAGGAGGUGGUGGGGCCUUAGGGGGAGGCUCGGGAAACAGAGCUCCACACCUGCAUAACAGAGUGGGAACGCGAUUGACCAACACCACCACCGCCACCCGAGCCACUAAUCCUGCCCCACCGGGAGGAAAGGAGGUGACCCCGCGCAGUACCACUGUCCGGAAACCCAAUGGGGAAGGUGGGAGCCGAAAUGCAUCUCCUUCUGCACGGGCUGGGCCACCGAGUACGAGCACCACGAGCACAACAACCACUAUGAUUAUGACGAGCACAACCACCACCCAAGCAGCCCAACCAACCUCCACCCUUGCGUCCCCCUCCAAGCCCGGUCAACGCUGGAACCAUGGGCGCUCCUCCAAGGGCCCUUCAACCAAGCCUACUCGCCCACACCAUCGCUUCAGGACACUUGCCCCCACAACCUCCACCGUACGUUCGGAGUUCUUCAAGCCGUGCCAAGACAGUCAGGAGAUGGCCUUCUGUUUGAAUGAGGGAGAGUGCUUCAUCAUUGAAACAGUGGCAGGCGUACACAGACACUGCAGGUGUAAAGAGGGUUACCGUGGACUUCGUUGUGACCAGUUUGUCCCGAAGACAGACUCCAUCUUAUCAGACCCAACAGCAGAUGAGCUGGGCAUUGAGUUUAUGGAGAGUGCAGAAACCUAUCAGAGACAGAUAUUGUCCAUCUUCAGCAUAGCCAUGGGGAUCAGCCUGCUGGGAGUGGCUUGCAUGGCUCUUUACUGCAAAAACAAGAGACAAAGAGAGAAGCAUCGAGCCCAUCUGACCGAAAUUCGCAACUUGAGGGACAGUACUGUCAACGCCUCUGGUCUCAUGUCUAAAUCCAGCCCCCGACUCGAGAGCGCCCUCCAGCUUCAGAAGAGCAGAAGAGCCCAUGGUUUCUCCUCUCCGCAGGCGGCCAGCAUCGUUCUCAGCAGCUCUAAAGUUUCUCUACCAAAUCAUAAUCGCAGUCUCUCCAUGGGGAAGCGCUGCAGAAGCUGCUCCUUCUCAUCAAGCCCUGCCCUAAAACACAAGGUAUCCAAUUAUCGAGCUGUCUCAAAGUGGACCCCGCCCAUCUCUAGAGCAGGCCAUCAUCUCAGUGGAGGAUCUCGAGAUUCUCUUCAUUCCUAUAAACAUCUCCAGGAAGUGGAGGUGAAUGAGGUGAUGCCACAAUCUUUGAGAAGGUGCCAGUCUCACUCGGACAGCAAUCAACCUAGCCGUUGCAAUCUGAAUAUGCAAAUUAUGCUCUGCGCCCAUUCCAAAGGAAAGAUGGGCUACACCGACGUUCCGUGCACUCGUCUCGACCAGGGAACGACCUUUCCUCCCCCUUCUUUCCGAGCCCACUCCGUACCCAUUAUCCCCUCCGUUCAGGGACCUGAUUUUGGGGAGGGGGGCGGGAACAAGCUGCAUAACGGGGGUAGGGGAUCUUCCAGCUACAACCUAAUCAAUCCUGAGACUGAGGCGGAGUCAGUGGCAAAUUCCAGCCAAUCACUUGCCAGCUCCUCUGUGGCGGUGCAGGAUCCACAGACACUCACCUGCUCCGAGUCUGCACUGAUGUCAAGGGGCCAAAUCAAACACAAAAGCCUUGUUACCUACACAACAGCCUUGGGAUCAGGCACAAGCUCCAGAAGAGCAAAGACUGUCAUUUCUAUGACUGUACUGGGAUCAGGGGCGAAAACCACACAGUACGCCGCCAGCCUGCUGUCUAAGGCUACCGGAGGACUGGAGGGCCGCUCUGCUUUCGGGGAAGGACAGCAAGAUGAUGGUUUACAAACCCCGUUUGCAGGGGGCGAAAAAGACAGCUCUUUUUCUGACGGGGUUAGAGGUGUGGCCUGCCUCACAUAUCCCAAAAGCUGAUUGGAUAAACGCAAAGAUUGCGUUGGAAACUCCACGUCGGUGUGAAUGGGGCUGGAACGUCCCUGCUUGUGCAAGACACUUACUUUUGGAACUAUUUUACUGCAUUGUGAAGUACAACUACUUACAACUCAAUUUAAAACUCUGACUUACUGACGACACAAUGUGAAUAUAUGCGAGAGAACAAAUACUUUGGUGGGAUGUUGAUCUAAAGAGGUAUUGGAGAGGAUUUAUAUGCCACUAUUUAACAAAAAGCUUAAAUUUAGAAACCAAAUAGUGUGUCAUCUCAAUGUUGUUUCUCUACUGUUAAGAAGAAAAAAUAUAAUAGAUGUCAAAACUAUAUGUAUGUCAUAUAUUCUAUGUAUAUGACAUACCGAGUGACGAAAAUAAAGAUGCAAAACAUGGUAAUGCAGAAGCUUUUUUUCCAAUAACUGCUGUUCUAUAAUCUCAGCUCAGCUCUGUCUUUUUGUCUGUUUUGCUUGAGGUCUUGAGAAGAAAAACGGCAGUUUCUAAAUAAAAUCUGAA